AUGCGGACCUCCUCCGCCACUUCGGAAGCUACGGGGACGUGGCUGACAUCUUCAUUCCAACUGUCAACUGACCGCCUCACCGGCGGCCCCCGCUGCUGCGCCUUUGUGCAGUUCUCUAGCCUUCGUGAUGCCGGCCGUGCCCUCGCCGACCCAUGCCAUGUCAUCAACGGCCGGGAGGUAUACAUUGCAAGGGCACGACCAAGAAAUUUCAAACUAUCAAGUGUAUCCCGUGCCCAACCAAACACCAACAUGUCACCAGCAAUGAGCAAGAUGCAUAUAAAUGGGAGGCUGUACAUAGAUGACAUGGCCCGAGGCACCUGUGACGCGGACCUCCGCAACCACUUCGGUCGCUACGGGGACGUGGCUGACAUCUUCAUUCCCACGUACGGCCUCACUGGCCAGCCCCGCUGCUGCGCCUUUGUCCAGUUCUCUAACCCCAUUGACACCUGCCGCGUCCUCGCCGACCCAUGCCAUGUCAUCAACGGACGGCAGAGAAAGGUGUGA